UCAUGCUGCUGCCAGGUCCAGAGUGUCUCAUGGGUCCCUGUACGGCCUCCCAUUGCUGCUGUCUCCAUCGCCACACUCUGCCAUGUGCCACUUUCAGGUCUCCUCACACUUGCUGGUGGGUUCCAUUUUGUCAUAGGGUGCUGGCAGAUUACGGGCCUCCCAUUGCUGCUGCCAGGCCCGUAAUCUGUCAUGGGCCCCUGUACCGCCUCCUCAUGCUGCUGCCAGGCCCGUAAUCUGCCAUGGGCCCCCGUACCGACUCCUCAUGCUGCUGCCAGGCCCGUAAUCUGUCAUGGGCCCCUGUAACCACGCCUCCUCAUGCUGCUG